AUGCCAACGGAUUUCGGUCAGAGAGCAUCGCGCAAAGUGAAAAUGGAGAUGGCACAUGCAACGAUGGUGGUCAAAGAGGACAGCACUGGUAGUCUAUCACUGCCAGUAGGGUUAAAAGCCGCCUAUGACCUGAAGGAGGCCGUGGUGGUGCUGGAAGAUAUAAAGGGAAGACCCGUCGAGAGGGGCGAGUGCCUAAACGUAUUCGGUAGCAUUUACACGAAGCCGUCGUACGCGUGCGACAAGUGCGGGAAGAAAUUCGGCGACAGUCUGAAGCUGAAGUGUCACAGCAUGGUGCACAAGCUGAAGAUGAGCGCGCCGAAGAAGAAGCAGAACUUGAAGUGUUACAUUUGCGUGAAACAGUUCUCUGAUCGAAAUUCACUGUGGAGUCACAUGCGGGUGCAUUCCGCUCGCCAAAUGGCUCAAACCUGCAAGUUGUGCAGGAAGAGCUUCAAAAGUGCCCAAGCGUUGACGUUGCACGCGAGUUCGUGCCCCAACAGCAACGCCGGGCAGGUGACGAACGCGAAACCGAAGUGCUGCGUUUGUAUGAGGGAGUGCGCCAAUGUCGACGAGUUGCGCUCGCACCGGCUUCUGCACAAGAAGGAGCGCGCGCCAAAGGAAGAGGACGAUCAGCCAAUCGCGUCCGCGGAAAAUGACUCGCAACCGAUCGCGACCGAAAAAGUAGAGGCGACGCCGCCACAGUUCAAGUGCUGCCACCAGAUCUUCCAGAGCUUCGACCUGCUGUGCGUUCACAUGUACCACAAGUUCUCCGUCCACCAGGAGUCUCGCUGUCUCCCUCAGUACGUCUGCAGUAUUUGCAGCACGACGUUUAACGGUCGCAGCGAUUGGUGCCAGCACAGCACGAAGCGGCACGGGUGCGACGAGACGACGCUCAGCCGGUGGGAGCAGUCGCUGACGUGCGACAGGUGCGAGCAGAUCUUCACGGACUCGAUCAAGGUCAUGCAACACAAGCUCGCCGAUUGUAAGGGCGAGGAGGCGGCGGACGAACCGCGGUUCGAGACCGUCUACAACGUGGGCACCAAGCCCGCUUUGAGGACCUACAGCAGAAAAGCGGCCAAAGAUCCCGCAGGUGUCAAGCGCAAGUCGGACGAUAGCGAUGUGAUAACGAUAGACGAGUCCGAUGACGAGAUCGAUACCGCCUUCAUUUGUAAAUUGUGCCCGUUUACAUCGGCCGAGUUUCGCCUACUGGAAGAGCACUGCAUUAACGCGCACAAAAUUCCAUUGCGCGUCAAAGAGGAGCCGUUGAGCGAUUCCUCGCCCGCGAAACGAAACAGAACCGGCAGAAUUUGGAACUGUAAGAAGUGCAGUGAGAAGUUUGACACCUCCAGGAGGCUGAGGGAGCAUCGCAAGUUACAUCGGAAGGACGACAAUGUCGCCCAAUACAAUUACAAGUACGAUGACAAGAAGGGGGUGUUCAUUUGUUUUACGUGCGACGCGGAGUGGGAGACCAAGGAUAAGAUCGAGUCGCACGUUUUGGAGCACGAAGAGAAAUUCGUCUGCGACAUCUGUAGCGAGACCUUCGUGAAGCCCUACGAGUAUUCGACUCAUCUGUUCAAUCACGACCAGAGCAAGGGUUUCGGAUGCCCCUUCUGUAAGUACACCACCCCCAGGAGGACGGCCAUCAUGAUUCACAUCAACACGUAUCACCUGAGGAAGUACAUCUACACCUGCACGCUGUGCGGGAAGGGCUUCAACGAUUGCGUCUUGUUUAAGGAGCACCACAACGUGCACCAGGGCAUCAAACCGUUCCGCUGCGUCGUCUGCGGCAAGGAGUUCGCGUUCUCCAGCUACCUCACCUCUCACCAGGUCCGCAAUCACCAGGUGACCAUCGACGGAAUGAUCGGCACGAACCAGUGCUGCGUCUGCUCGAAGCGAUUCACGCGUCAGAACAGCCUCGAGAAGCACAUGCGACAGCACGUCGUCAUCGGCGAGAAGAAGGUGUUCGAGAAGAAGCACCUUUGCGACAUCUGCGGCAAGGGGUUCUCGCGCACGGAAAAGCUGCGCAUCCACUACCGGGUGCACACCGGCGUGAAACCCUACGCGUGCUCCUACUGCGACAAGAGCUUCACGAAACGCGACUACAUGAUCAUGCACGAGCGCGUCCACAGCGGCGAGAAGCCCUACUCGUGCCAGUACUGCGGAAAGUGCUUCAACCAGGGGGCGCCGCUGCGCCUCCACGUGCGCAGCCAUACGGGCGAAAGGCCGCAGCCAGGCCACACUUGCCCGGUGUGUCAAAAGACGUACACGAGCAAUGGAGUACUACGGGCGCACAAAAGCAGAAUGCACAAGGCAAAGCCGAGAUAUCCCUGCGAAACGUGCGGGAAGCUGUUUAGGUACCGGGGAGAGGCGAAGAAGCACGAGUCGGUUCAUAGGACCGGCGAGAGGUUCGAGUGCGAUCUCUGUCAGAAAUCCUUUAAGCACAAGCCGCUGUUACGGGCCCAUUUCAGAUUCUUGCACGGCGGCGACUGCAAAUAUAAGUGCGAGGAGUGCGGGAAAGUGUGUAUUAGCAAGACCAGUUUGAGUGUGCACCAGAGCCGAGCGCACAUGGACGUCACCCAAGAGUGCCCCGACUGCCAUAAAGUAUACAAAGACAAAGUCUGGUUUAAAAAGCAUCGUCGAACGCAUCAACCCGAUUACGCACCUCGGACUUGGUCCUGCCAGCUGUGCAGCAGUACACUUUCAUCCGAGCAAUCGUUUAGAACUCACAUGAAGAGCCACAGCAAAGACCAGCAGCUCAUCUGCGAUACCUGCGGUAAACGCAUCACGAGCCUCGAGAGUUUUAAGAAUCAUCUGAGAAUACACUCCGGCGAGAAACCGUUUAAGUGCAGUCAUUGCGACAAGACCUUUUCCGCGAAGAAAUUCCUGGUGGUGCACGAGCGCGUGCACACUAAAGAGAAGCCGUACUGCUGCGACCUGUGCCCGAAACGUUUCUCACAAAGGAGCACGCUGGGAAUCCACCUACGUCUGCACACAGGGGAACGGCCCUAUCCGUGUACCAUUUGCGACAAAUCCUUCGUUUCGAAAACGAGCUUAAACUCGCACUUCAGGACGCACAAGCGCUUAAACACUGAAUAG